AUGGAAAAUUCGCCUCUUACCACGCUGCCACCAGAAUUGAUUCAUCAUAUAUUUGACUACUGUGAUAUUCGAACGAUUCUUUUGUCUGUUCGUGGUGUGUGCCAAACACUUUAUGCCAUGGUCAACACCUACGAUCGACUCGCAAUUACACUCAAUUCUAAAUCUGCUUGGACCAUGAAAUCUGUUUCCCGAAUCGUUCGAUCCGAACAAGUGAUUUCACUUACUAUUGCGGAUUAUGACACGUAG